AUUGCGCUUCGCCUAUUCUCUUUGUACGCUGAAACGCUCGACGCGCCUAUCCGCCUGCACAGACUUCUUGGCCAUGGCCCGUUUGCACUUGCCCACAAGUGAUAGCCGCGAGUCUUCGCUCUACCGUGAUCCUACGCCGCUCGCUCAGCGCCAACAUUCUGCUCGGUCGAGAAACGGCUACACCGGGACGCUGUCACCCACUCCAGCGCUAUCUUCUGACAAAGAAAACGAGGACGGAGAGGCCACCCAGCGUAAAAGAAUGGACAAAGGGAAGGGUAGGGCUGUUAUGGGCCCACCUUCCUCAGUACCCACCCCCAAUUCCGACGAGGAGGAUUCACCCCGGGCAAGCAAAAGGCGGAGACUCCAGGAGCGCGGCACCUCUGUCGCGUCGACAAUCACCAAUGGCGAGCCUCUCAUUGACCUUCAGUACUAUGAUCCCGACCAAGAUCCAGAGGAGCGGAGAGAGCUGCGGAAGGAGAUGCGCAUGUUGACGCGCGACUUCAACGAAAAACGCGAUGAGCUCCUGCAGGGGGGAACAAAAGACCUAGCAGACUACAUCACUCGUUCGAACUCCCUCAUGCACAGGGUCAAACAGACGUCAGAUGCAACUAUCGAUGCACGUUUCCUAGUUGCGGCCAGCGACCUCGCACUGAGGAAGACAAAUCAGCUUGUUAUGGGCGACAGCUCCACUGGUAUCGACAUUGAUCAAUUCGUCUCGAAGUGUAUCACAUUCAUGCAGAAUGGCGGAGAUCUUGACGAUGAUGAACAUCUGCCCGCUUCCACUCAAGCACGAGCGCGGAGGCAUCGACGACAGACAAACGAUGAGGACGAUGAAGAUCAAGAGGAAACCGGCGAUGCCUUGUCUUGGGAUGUACUUGGUGAGCAAGCGUGUUUCUCGACAAACAGGCGUCCGCCGGUUUCUGGUUUCCUCCUUGGGCCUUUGUCGGUUCAGAAGCGCGUGAGAGCAACCCAAACGCAGCGCCGUGCACGGCUGCGGCGUGAUCCUCAGCUUGAACAACGACCAGAAUCACUUGAGCCGGAAGAUCUACAACGCGCAGAAAACUCCAACCUCAUGACGUUGGUAAAGAAGAAUCGAGAGCGGCUUGGAAGUGUAAUAGAGGAGCGCAUGGAGAAGGUGCAAGAGGAACUGGAGCGGCUAUACGACGACCCGACUGAAGAUGAGCAAGAUGACGUCUUGGACAAAUACCGGAUCAUCCGGAACGAAGACGGUGCAGGCAUUUAUCUCUUCGAAUAUGUCGUGAAUCCGCGUUCCUUCGGUCAGACGGUGGAGAAUCUCUUCUACACGAGCUUCCUCAUCAGAGAAGGUAGUGUGCAAAUUGGCGAAGAUCGACAUGGUUUGCCUACGAUAUGGCCGGCGGAACCCCGCAGUAUGAACGAACAAAGAGCUCAAAACAUUACAAGGCAUCAAGCUGUUUUCAGCAUUGACUACCCCAUGUGGCAGCAGAUGGUCAGACUCUUUGAAAUCGAUGAAGCUAUCAUCCCGCACCGCAAUGAUGAACAACCAACGCAGACCGUCCGGGGAUGGUACGGUUGAGCUUGGCGGAUGGUCUUCACCCUACCAGCACAGAACGAUACAGGGACCACGACUAAACGUUGCUCAGGAUAUUGGAUGCACAACACCGUCGCAAGGGUUGAAUUUUGCGGCGUGUACCUACAAAGGGUUAUUUGGGCCUGGAGUUUUUCUUUGGGCUUGGCGUUCGGCGUAGAGCAGAUAUGGGACAGGUGGCA